UGCCGGGCGCGCUCGCUGCCCAGCUCGCCCGAGCGCCGCCAGAAGGCCGGGGGCGCGCCGGGAGCCGCUUGCCGGCCGGGCUGCAGCCGGCAGCUCCGCGUGCGCUUUGCCGACGCGCUGGGCCUGGAGCUGGCGCAGGUCAAGGUGUUCAACGCCGGCGACGACCCGUCGGUGCCACUGCACGUGCUGUCGCGCCUCGCCAUCAACUCAGACCUGUGCUGCAGCAGCCAGGACUUGGAGUUCACCCUGCAGUGCCUGGUGCCCGACUUCCUGCCGCCCAUCGAGGCCACCGACUUCAGCGAGCGCCUGGGGCAGCAGCUGGUCUGUUUGGAGCGCGUCACCUGCUCGGACCUGGGCAUCAGCGGCACUGUGCGCGUGCGCAACGUGGCCUUCGAGAAGCAGGUGGCGGUGCGCUACACCUUCUCAGACUGGCAGAGCGCGCAUGAGGCAGUGGCCCGGUGGCGCGGGUCCGCGGGCGCUGAGGGCACAGAGGAUGUCUUCGCCUUCGGCUUCCCGGUGCCGCCCUUCCUGCUGGCGCUGGGCUCACGCGUGCACUUCGCGCUGCGCUACCGAGUGGCCGGCGCCGAGUACUGGGACAACAACCAUGGCCGAGACUACAGCCUCACGUGCCGCAACCACGCGCUGCACAUGCCUCGCGGCGAGUGCGAAGAGAGCUGGAUCCACUUCAUCUGAGGCCGUCGCAUCUAAGCCCAGCCGCAGUGUUUCCCUAGCUGGGCUCUCCGGUCUAGGCGGUUUCGUUUCCUCACACCCCACCCCGAGCCUGAGUCUUCUGACUUCACUUCCCGCUGCAAGGUUCCUGGGCGGUGGCCCUUCCCAUCCUCUACUUGAAAUGUCCGUGUCAUUAGGUCUAAAAAGUAGCCUCAGGUGGCCAAAGGCCGACUUGUAUAAUGCGCUGGGGGAGGGUGAUGGGUGGGUGGAUACGUGGCGGUGUCGGCCCCUCUGGAGAGGGCCCAGGUGCGGUGGGUUGGUUGGUGGGUUGGUUGGUGUUUUGGAAAGGCCUGCAUCCUCCUGCUAGGAAAGCCUGUGGCUUUUGCAUGUGUCCUGAUUGGAUCUCUGUAAACGUAGCUGUUAUUUAUUAUUGUGAUGUUGGAACAUUUUACCCUUAUUGGAUGCCUUCUCAGGAACAUUCUGGAUUUAACAAGCUAAAAACUAAGUCCUGUGUGUUUGUGACCAUUGUUAACAGAAUGUACGGUGUGACUCCCAUCAUGGUCCCUUAGGCAUUUCUGCCCUGGGACAAGGAAAACCUGAGACUAGGUUUGCUUGCCCAUGUCUGUAGACUUCUAACAGUGGGAAACUAUUAAUAGGCAAGAAAUUGAUGCCUCAUCAGUCAUCACACAGCCAUUCCUGGGAGUUCAGGCUGCCCUGGUUAGGCCGUGUGUCUUCUACGACGACAGCCAAAGGGGGAAAAGCUUGACUUUGAAAACUAGCGAAACAGUCCCUUCUCUUGCAGUCUCUCCUCUUACCUCCUGUGUUCUCCUUCUUUGUCUUUGAUCAUUAUGUAUCUGCGUGUUAUCAGGCCAUUCUGUUUAGGUUUGAGAAUACCUAAACAUUUUAAGAAAUUCUGCCUUAAGUUAUUUCAAUUUCCAGGCAACUCUAGAGAAAUUUCAGGCAACAAUGCCCUUUGCAAUUACCUUUUCGAUGACUAAGGUGACUCUUUUUAUGUCUGCUUAAGUGUCAGAAAAUUCCAGCAGUCAUCCUUCAGGAAGUCAGGUUAUCAAGUGGAACUGGCAGGUGUUUUCAUCAAUAGCCGGAGCCCUGGAGGAAAAAUCACCAAAAUUUAUACUUUUUAAUUGUCUUAAAUUGUAUUUAUAUAUUCCCAGUUUUAUCAGCUAUCUGCCAACUUUAUUCUUUGUGCCUUCAGACAGGAGAGUUUCUAACAUUGUCUGGUCUCCCCCCUCCCCUGCCCCAGUUUUUAAAAUGUUAAAUACUUUUCCUUCUUUAUUAGAUUUGUAUCUCCAACUAAGAAGUCAAGGCCUUUGUCCCCUGCUGAAUGCCAGGACGACCUCUGACAGUAGGUGCUAACACUGAAGUGUGAAAACCCAGCCAAGCUGAACAAGGUCUCCAACUUGUGAAUUUUGGUUCUGAUACAGUUGAAACCAGUGUCAUUAAUUUGUGAUAGCUAUCACCAAUGAAUUAACUCUAAAUUUUUGGAUACUUAUUGACAUUUGUCAAAUCACUAUGUAAAAGAUGUGUUCUGCCUUUUAACCAAUUUGUUUUUAUAAUUGCAACUUCUGUGUUUCUAAAAUUCUAAGAGGGAUCCCUUUCUUUGGUACCUUUUGAUAAUAAGAACACUGAAUUUUUAUUUAAAGUGUUGUAAUUCAGUUGAACAACCUUUGGCUAUUCACACUGUGCACUACAUUGACAUGCAAGAGAGACAGAAGCCUGGCUCCAUUUUGUGCUGUUUAAUAAACUGUCCAAUUAGGUCAGCAAGCCUGUGAGAGCCUUGGCUGUUGUGUCCUUGGCCCCAGCCCAGAGUGCAAGACAAUUGUCCAGAGCAUUCAGGUAUAAGAGUUAGAGCUGCCAAAUGUAUUGUUGUGUAAAGGCAUGUAAAGAAUCUUAUUCAUGUGAAAGUCAUUUGUCAAAAAGGUUCUGGUCAUGGAAUAUACAGCAAAUGUUUUAUCUUCGAUAUUAAGAGAACCUCAACGUGCCUUUAAAAAAAUCAACAUUUAAAAAUUUAAAAACUUAAAUAUACCUGCCUAGUUGAUAAAGAAGUUGAUAAAGCUCAGCUUAAGGAGAACUUUCAGAUCCUAAAAUAGUUAUAUUGCUUAGAUGUUAAAAUUUUGCAGUGGACUGUGCAAUUGUGGGGGUGUCUCCUCCAACAUAUUUUAAGGUCAUUUAAGAUGAUUUCACUCAAGCCUAAAUAUUAAAGUAUGUGCAAAAA